AUGUCAGCGCCCAGCCCCGGAGGCGAUGCCACCGCGGCUCCUCCAGCGCCCUCGAAGCCGCGACUCAAGAUCAACGUCAGCCGCUCGGCGUCCUUUGUCGGCGAAGGCGCGGCCACGCCUGGCGGAGGAGCGCCGCCGUCUGCGACCGCAACCGCGCCGCCGCUGCCAACGCCCGGCGAAGGGGCUCGCAAGGUGAAGCUCAAGAUCAGCUCGUCGCAGCCGCCCACGCCGGCGGUACCAUCAGCGAGCAAGGAUGUGGCGAUGAAGGACGCGGUCAAGGACAACAAGGAGAGAGACAAGGAAAACGACAAGGAGAAAGACAAGGACAAGGACAGGGAUAAAGACAAGAACAAAGGGCUGCCACCGGUGGUGACGACAAAAGCGGGCAGGCAAGCGAAACCGAGUCAGAAGCUCAUCGAAAGCAAGAAGCGCUCGCUCAGCGACGACGAAGACGAGGCGCCGCUGCGCGGCAGUACCGCCGGCACCGCCGGGCACGGCGGCGGGACAAAGGUCAAGACGGGAUCCAAGGCUGGGCUGACUCAAUUGGUGCUCAAGCCUCGUGGUCGUCCGCCUGUGCACCCUCCCGGCGAUGGCUACGACUCCGAGGCGAGCGACAACGAGAUCGACCCGGCGAUUGAGGAGCAGUUCAUAUUGCGCAUGCUGCCGGGCGAGCACGCCGACUAUGUGCGCUGGUGCAUGGAGAAUGGCAAGAUUGGCCUGCCCAAGUCGGCUGGCGGUGCUGACAUCUACAUGCGAUUUUUCGAGGAAGAGUCUCGGCGUGGAGUCAUUUGCGUCAAGGGUCAGUGCUUUGCGGCCGUCUUGGUCGAUCUGCCUACCAUUACGGAAUCCAUGAAGACGUGGGACCGCAAGUCGCUCAUGAAGUCGGCGGACAUUUGCCAGAUGCUUCUGGUAUUCCAGGCUGUCAAGAGCGAAGAGGAAGCAAGGCACGUGCCUUUGCCCAGCAUCAUUGAUUCAAACUUCAAGUGGCCGCACGGCCUGACACCGCCGAUGCACGACUGCGUGAACCGACGAUUCGCCAAGACCAUCAGCCGCAAGGAAAUCGAGGACAAGGAAGCAGAGGUCGAACGACUUCUCGCCGAGGACGCUAAAUGCAACUCUACCAAGUGGGAAUGGGUCGACGAGCGCAACGGUGCUGAAGAGGAUGGAGAGGAGGACGCUGAAGGCGAGAUGGACGAUAGCCUCGGCUACUUUGGCCAACAGCACGAAUCCAUGGGCGCCGAGGAAGAGAACGACUUUGAUCUCGAAGCCGACCUGGAGGCGGCUUUUGCGGAUGAGCUGUUUGCGGAGACCCCUGCCACGGCCAUGGACACGCAGACGCCGACAGCUGCGCUCGCUACCCCAUCGGCGUCGGCGGCCCUGCAGGAAAGCAUUGAGCCAAGUGAAUCUGAAGAGGACGAUGACGAUGACGAUGAUGACGACGACGAUGACGACCUCGAUGAAGAUGCACGUGCCCGCCGUGAUGAGGAGCACAGCGUCAAGGAAAUGAUCAAUGACCUCACGAGGCAGCUCGCCUCCCGUGUCGCUGACCUUGAACGAACGCAGAACAAGAUUCUCAGGACCCGUCUCGAAAACCAGAUCAAGUCGCUCAAGGCCGAGAUUGCCCUCAAGCAGUCCUCUAUCGGAAUCGAGGCGGAUGAUUGA